CACUGUAUGUUCCUGAAAAAAAAAUACCUACUUGGAAUUUGAGCUAGUUUCGUUUCCGGCUGUUUCCUAUGUGGCGCUGCACUAUCUACUUUCGCUUUCUCGGAAACCACAUGGUUUCUACACAGCCGUUCCAUCAUUUUUGGCCACUCCCGCCGACAGAACCUGCAGAGCGCUUGCUAAGAUAAAUGAAGGCUGAGGGAGGUUGCUCGAAAAGAACAGCGGUAAAACGCGCAUUGGACUUUCAUUGGUUCUCUACUGACCCGUAUGGGUUGUGCCAAUAAACAGCUGUUCAUGUGAAAGUUGAUCUUUACAGAAUUAUUUUAUUGGCAAUAGCCUGCCUACCUAAAUGUUCACAUGUUUUCUGAAGCACAAGGCUGGGGAAGUUAUUGGAGGAACCUUUUCCCAUCUAUCUUGACUUCACCUUUUUAGUACCGUUUUCAACAUUAAUCAAGAUGGCACAGUGGUUACAGCUGCAGAAAUUAGACUCCAAGUACCUGGAGCAGGUGGACCAGCUGUAUGAUGAUACUUUCCCUAUGGCGAUCCGCCAGUACCUCAGUGCCUGGAUCGAGAGCCAUGACUGGGACAUGGUGGCCACCAGUGUUUCCCUGGCGACGGUCCGUUUCCAUGACCUCCUGGGCCAGUUGGACAACCAGUACAGCUGCUUCGCCUUGGAGAACAACUUCCUGUUGCAACACAAUAUACGCAAGAUUAAACGCAACCUGCAGGACCACUUUCAGGCGGACCCUUUGCACAUGGCCAUAACUAUAUGUAACUGUCUGAAAGAGGAGAAGAAAAUCCUGGCAUCCGCCUUAAAAAAAGAGGAAAACGUUGGGUCCACACAAAAUAAUGUGGUGUUGGAGAAACAGAAAGAGCUGAACAACAAAGUCAAAGACCUGAGGAACCAAGUUCAGGAUGCAGAGCAGGAGAUUAAGUCACUGGAGGACCUACAGGAUGAACAUGACUUUAAGAAGAAGACCCUGCAGAACCGAGUGGAACAAGAGGUGAAUGGGAUGACACUGUCACUGGUGGUACAGAAAGAGAUCCGUGAAGAGGAGAUGGUCAUCAGUGCGAUGUUCAUCAAACUCAACAUAACCAGAGAGGCGGUGGUGCAUCAGAUAGCUGACAUCCUGAACUUGGCCGAGCAGAUCCAGUACACCCUGGUGAUGGAGGAGAUGCCUGAAUGGAAGCACAGACAGCAGAUUGCGUGUAUUGGUGGUCCACCUAAUGCCUGUCUAGACCAGCUACAAACCUGGUUCACUGCAGUGGCAGAGGGCUUACAGCAGGUACGCCAGCAGCUGAAGAAGCUUCAGGAGCUGGAACAGAAGUACACAUACGAGAAAGACCCCAUCGCUCAGGGAAAAAGCACUCUGGAGGAACGCGCUCUCGUCCUGUUCAAGAACCUCAUUGUCAAUUCUAUGGUGGUGGAGAGACAGCCCUGUAUGCCCACUCAACCCCAAAGACCUCUGGUGCUGAAGACUGGGGUGCAGUUCACUGUCAAAAUCAGACUGCUGGUGAAGCUUCAGGAAUUCAACUACCAGCUCAAAGUCAAAGCUCUGUUUGACAAGGACGUCACUGAGAGGAAUUCAGUGAGAGGGUUCCGGAAAUUCAACAUCUUAGGAACUAAUACUAAGGUUAUGAACAUGGAGGAGUCCAAUGGAAGCUUGGCAGCAGAAUUCAGACACCUGCAACCAAAGGAGCUGAAGGCUACAGGCAACAGAACAAACGACGGUCCUCUCAUAGUGACAGAGGAGCUCCACUCCAUCAGCUUUGAGACACAACUCUGUCAGCCAGGACUCCAGGUCAACCUGGAGACGACAUCCCUGCCCAUUGUGGUCAUCUCCAACAUUAGCCAGCUGCCCUGUGCCUGGGCCUCAGUCAUGUGGUACAACAUGUUGACCAGUGAGCCCAAGAAUCUGUCGUUCUUCCUGAGCCCUCCCGAGGCCACCUGGAGCCAGUUGUUGAAGGUGCUGAGCUGGCAGUUCUCCUCCGUAACCAAGCGAGGCCUCAACGACGAGCAGCUGAGCAUGCUGGGAGGCAAGCUCCUGGGUCGAGAGGCAGCAGGAAAUCCUAAUGGGCUCAUCCCCUGGACCAAGUUCUGCAAGAAUGUGAAUGGAAAGAGCUUUCCCUUCUGGCUGUGGAUCGAGGGAAUCCUGGACCUGAUCAAGAGACACCUGCUGUGUCUGUGGAAUGAUGGGUGCAUCAUGGGCUUUGUCAGUAAGGAGAGAGAGAAGGCCCUGCUGAAGGACAAGAAGCCUGGGACUUUCCUGCUGCGCUUCAGCGAGAGCAGCCGGGAGGGAGCCAUCACCUUUACCUGGGUAGAGCACUCCAAUGACGACGUCCAUUUCCGAACGGUGGAGCCCUACACUAAGAAGGAGCUGGCCGCCGUCUCCUUCGCUGACAUCCUCCACAAUUACAAGGUGAUGGCUGCCGAGAACAUCCCUGAGAACCCUCUCGUCUACCUCUACCCAAGCAUCCCCAAAGACAGCGCCUUAGCACGCUACUACACCCGCCCCACAGAAGCUGCUGAGCCAAUGGAGAUGGAGAGUGAGUCUGAGGCUGGCUACAUUAAGAAAGAACUUAUCUCUGUGUCUGAAGUGACUGUGAAAAGACCCCUGGUGGAAUGUCUGGUGGGCCACCCCUCCAGACUACAGGAUACCCUGCUGCCCAUGAGUCCUGAAGUGUACGGAGAACUGACCACGAUUAUGAACCCUGAAAUUGAUACUGUGAUGUGCACUGCCUUCCCAAACUAACCUGCCCUCUUCAGGCAGCGCCCUUGGAAAAACUUGUUACCCCCCGAGCUGAUCUGAAGACAUCCCAGAAAAAGGAUGGUAUUUAAGUUUAAGACAUUUGUUGGGUUUCCUUUGUAAAUACAACUAAAACUGUAUACAUACCGAGUCUGUCGUUUAAUGUACAUGCAUGAGAUUUUGGGGCUUCAAAUCCAGCUGUUUGUAAUAAGGAAUGUCAUUCUAUGUGACUUGUGGGACACGGUAAUAUUUUGUGAAUGCAUAUGUAGUGUGUAAUAACUUAUAAAGUGAAACGGUUAAGCCGUUAUACUGUGAGCUUCAAAAGUAUUGGGACA